CUCUUCUGCUGUGUUGACUCCACUAUCGCCACAGCCUUUGUGGAGAAUAGUAAUGGUAGUUGACGGUGAAUCGGUCAACUGUUGACCUCUCCGUUCUUCCUUUGCUCUUAACUGCACACAGCACAGUGAUUACCUCCCGUUGGAUUUGCCUGGAAGUUUUCGCUUUGGAGGUCGUUGAAUCAGGUUAUUGAUCAGUAUGAAGCGACAACGCCCUGUAACUUCGUGCCUCACAUGCAGACAACGAAGAGUGAGGUGUGAUAGGACACAUCCAGUGUGCAUGCGGUGUAAUAGCAGCCGAUUGACCUGCACCUACGACACAAGCACAAAUAUAGACCUACCAGAAGGGCCAUCUGCUACAGGAACCCAGUCUGCAUCGUUCACGUCCUCGGCACUCCCUCGAGUUGACGAGCCGAGAGUCCCCCAGUCUCUACAUGAGCCACAUGAACGGACCAACACAAGCCAAAAUAGAAACGAGAAAGGUCGCCUGGCAGCCUUUGCUGGUGGGCGAUCGGUCUAUACCCCUGCGACAUACUGGGCGAACCCACUUCUGUCAAAGGAUAGCAACCGCUUGGACAAUAACGAUGAUCUCCCGGAUGACUCGAGCCACUUUGUCCGUUGGCCACUGACAUCUGAAGAUCAUCAGGGAUGGGCUGGUUCGAAAUUUCGACCACCUCGACCUUCAGCGCUGUGGACUGGAGCAGCAUCUAAUAAGUGCAAGUUCUGCGGAAGAAACUACAAUGUCUCGUGUGUCAUGGCACUCUUGCCAACCAGGGAUGUCUGCGAAAAACUGUGCAGACUUUUCUUCUCCACGGUUUUUCCCUUGAUACCACUUUUACACCUCCACAGUUUCGCGGAAGAUUUCGCCGAGUUCUGGGAGGGAGUCAGGCAAGGAAAUAUGCACAACAGUGAGCCCAGCCUCCUGUUGCUCAAGAAGCCAGGUUUUCUUUCUCUUUUGACGUCGAUUCUGUUCUCGACGUUGUCAUCUGCAUCUAAACCGCGAGUGAGGGCACUACUAGGCGAAACAAAUGUUCCUGAGACGGGCCAAAUGUACUUUGCCGCUAUGGUGUCGGCAAGCCUGACCGGAUUCCCUCGACGUCCUAGCAUUUACUCACUGGCUGCAUAUCUGUUCGCACAGAGCCAAUUCGUCAGGGAAGAAGAGUUCUCGGACGUGCCCGAUUUCAUAUCCACUUCCUUUCGACUGGCACUUGGUAUGGGUCUUCAUCGGCACAUCCCUGAUGCAGGAUUCACGCAUGCAGAGAUGGAGACGAGGCGACGCCUUUGGUGGUAUAUCUUGCAUCUUGAUGUCAUGUCGUCGAGCUCCUCGGGACUCUCGCCCCUUUUCAUCAACAAGAAGAUGGCAAAUACGGAUGAAAUCGCCCGGUAUGAUUGGGUUGAAGGUGCAGCAGGCUUCAACAUUGAAGCUGAUAUACGCUACGUGGUGGCCCUUCAACGAUACAAAGUCACCAAGGAGAUUCGGGAGGUCUUGAAAUAUCAUUUCGAGGAUUAUUUCCAAUCACUUGAUCAGGUCAACGAGGUGGCCAAACGACUCAGGGAUGUUGCAAACAGUGUACGAUCUACCGUCGAGACACUCUUGAGGUCAAAUUCUGGCUCCUCGACACCAACAGCCACCCGCAACAGAGCUCUUGAAGACGAUAGCCAAGGUGGACGGCCAUUCGACCGCGUCUGGGGUCUACGACCGGACCCCAAUGACAAAGAAGUGGUAGAUUUCACGAUUUGGGCCGUCUUUCUGCUGCAUCUGAUGGUCCACAAAGCCUAUUGUGUGCUCUAUCGCCCCCUCUUCCGUGACCCGGCGAUGUCUGCUCACGAUGUGAUCAGAAUGAACGCCGUCAAACAUGCCCAAGCGUUCCUCCAGCUCUUCAUACGAGUCUGCAAUGAUCGCACAUCGGAACCGUUUCAUUGGAUGUAUCCCGGAACAUACCAGCCUCUUCAAGCUGUAGCAACUCUUCUAGCGGACCUCUUACAACAUCCCCACAGCGACCACGCGGCAUUGUCUCGUGGGUUGAUCGAUGCGAUUUUCGAACUUUAUCAAGUGGAUGAGGGCAUUGUCAGCAGAGAUGAACCGCCUCAACGUCAACUCUCGCCGGCUGGAAAGGAUGCUUGGACGAUGCUCCUCAGGACACGAAGGAAGGCUCUGGAACACAUUGGAGCAGAUCACCACGUCUUGUACCCAUCUCCGGCGAUCUCUUCAAGCUCCUGCAUCUGUGGCGACCAGAUUGUGAACGACGACUCGACUGCGCCAAGUUCGCAUCCACAUUCGAGCGGUGACCUUUCGCCGGCGGUGCAAGAAGAAAUGCCACGAGAGUUCUUUCAAGUGGAUGAAGAGCAGUCACAUUUGUCACCUGGCAUACUUUCGCAGAUGAAUUUCGAUUGGCGCGCUUGGGACAAUGCACUGGAUCCGUCGAUUGGAAUGAUGCCAUAAACUUCACGAGGGCAUCAUGCUAGAGAGGCGUUACCUGUGGGUUGGAGACGAAAGAUUUGACCUAAAUACCUCAAUUACGAUCUCACUAGCCAGCCUAGACCAAUGCUAGAUCUACUUAGUUUGA